UUUCAGCUGAAGAGGAAGCAGAAAUUUCAGCCGGAGAGAAAACAGAAAUUUCAGAUGAAGAGGAAACAGAAAUUUCAGAUGGAGAAGAAUCUGUAGCUUCAAAAAAAGAGGAAGUUACUAGUAAAGAACGGAUGGAUAUUUCAAGUAAAGAAAAAGCAGAAAUUCAUAGGUCAAAAAGGCCAAAAAUUUCAAGUAAAGAGUUAUCGGCUGUUUCUGAUGAUAAAUUUGAGGUUUCAGAAGAGCAAUCAGAAAUUUCAGGAGAAGGGGUGUCUUAUACUUCAAGUGAAAUUUCUAGCAAAGAACAGCUAACGGAUGCUGCAAGUGAAGAAAUGUUGGAUAUAUCAGAUGAAGAGAAAGCCAUUGUUGAUGAAGAAAAUGCAGAUAUUUCAAGCGAAUCUGAAAUUAGUGAAAUGGAAGGCGAAAUAAGUGAAGAGGGAAAGGAAUAUGAAGAAGAAAGAAAAAGAAGCACCGUGAUAGAUAUUCCAGAAACUGAGCCACCCACAGUUCAUUUCAGAAAAUCUAAGCAUAUGAUAUAUAGAAAGAAAGACAGAGGUUUUGGAAAAUUUUGUCAAUGUCUCAGCCCUUGUAUUGCUAGACUGCUUUACAGCAAAAGAACAGAAUACAGAGCUGUGAAAGCCAUGCUUGGAUUCCCUAUCGGAUGCCUGUUUGGUUACAUUUUGUACAAAUUGGUCAUAGAGCGUCUUGAGCUUGGUCCCUUCACCAGCUGGAUCCUCGGUUGCAUCUUAGCGAUGUUUCUUGGAGUAGGUUACGCUUUUUCUACUCAGGUGAGGUGCAUGUGCUUUUUGGCUAUUCCAAGUUUCUUCGGAAAAACGGGUCGUGCGUAUGUCAGCACAUACGUCAUCACUUUUGUCAUCACUGGUCCUGUUAGCAAUCUACUUUACAACGCUGGGGAGUCGAUGCGUGUUUUGAGCUGCAUUGCGUCCUUGAAUCUGAACCAUACCAUGGAAAGGUUCAAGCUCAUGUUUGUGCCCGUCAAAGAAAUUGUCUGGGACUUUGUUGGAGCAGGAAAGAAAAUUCAAGAUGAUACUAAAGAAAUCAACAGUGCAUACAAAACCAUAGAAGAUGAGGUACGUGACGAAAAUGAGCUGAAAGAAGCUGUAGCCGAAACGAAACAGCUGGACGAAGAAAUUCAGCAAGAAUCUCGAGUAGACGUAGUGAAAAGGAAAUUUUCAGGUGCUAAAGAUGAAUUCGGCAACAAGGCUGAGAAACUGUAUGGCAUGAAGUCGGAACUGCGAUGUGAAGGUAUUUUUACAAAAGGUGUUAAAGGUUGCUAUAAUAGCUUUGAAUAUGCUUAUGACAAGUGCCAUCACCAUUUACCCGUUAUUGGCUACCUACUAUGCUGGCCUAUGAAACUCACUUUUAUAUGUGAUAUCGGGGGCUACUUCAUGAAAAAGCGAACUUGCGAUUCCGACGUAGUUAUGAAUCCAGGCUUCGGCGAAAGCGUCGAAACGGCAGAAGGAGUGCAACGAGAGUUUGACAAAGAUUUCGGAGUCAGCAUGCAGUAUAAAGGCAAAUUGACACUUUUACCAUUAAAGAAAGGCGAGAAGUUAGAACUGUUCAAUCCCUUCACAGUAAAAUACUCUGCGGAGGAGAAAGGAUUUUUUAUCCUGAGCACAGUGAGGCUUUUAGGAGAGUUAAUGACAAUAUCUGUUAUUUUAUUAUUUGACUGGACUUUUUAUGAAUUUUUAAUGCUCAUUCAACGACAUGCGCAUGUGUCUUACAAGCAAACAGGAGUUCAUCACAUAAAAAUGACGGUUUUUGGAGACGGAUUUGUAGGAAAUAUGGUGCGAAGUAUUUUAAAGGGUUUUGACAAAAAGCAUACUACAGAUCAAGUGACAAGUACUGCUGAAUGUUUACCUUUGCCAAGAAAAUUAGAACGUCGAGCCGUGAUUGAAUUAUACUUGAUUUUCUUGCUAAUGUUCAUCCUCAUGGCAAUCGAAGCUUAUGCCUUGAGACUCAGAAGAGUGAUAUGUGCUUUUUUUUACCCAAAAAGAGAGAAGAAAAGAAUUUUGUACCUCUACAAUGAUCGUAUGAAGAAAAGAAGAGCAUUCCUGCAACACAUGAGAGCGAGGGUAAGGAAAGCAGCUAGAGAGCAAGCCAUAGCUAUUGACAGUGGAGUCUUGUUUUCCUUACGUCACCUGUACCCAAAAUAUUUUGGAUGGCUAGGCAAGCUAGGAUUGGGGAAGAAAAAAUGCCUCGUCUGUGAAGAAGUAGAAUCUAGGAAAAUACCUUUCAUCAUGUGUUCUGACGAAUGUCCUUUUUGUUACUGCCCAGAAUGCUGGAUUGACAUCAAAAGGAAGUGCUUCGUUUGCCUUCCGGAUGAUGACGAAGAUUCUGCCAUUACUGAAGACGACCUGUCAGACUUUGAAUAAUAUCAUCAAGAAAGAUUGCAAAUUGUCGAAAAACUUCAGUGUAGAAAUAUCAGAUUAGAUGAAAAUCAUCCAUUUAUUUUGUAAUUAAUAUUAAUCGCCACUUUUUAUUACAACCAU